AUGGGCGUCCUCCGGAGCACGCAGAGCCUUCAGGCGGAGGUGGACGAGCUGCGCGCCGCGCUCCUGGCCGGCGGCGGGCAUGAGGCCGCGGGCGGGUGGCGCCGCUCGGCGGGCCGGGGCCACGCGGACGCCAAGCGCGCCCCCGGGGGCGACGCCGGCGGGGCCGCGGCGCGCGCCGUGUGCGUCACGGGCGGCAUCUCCUUCGUCGGCUUCGCCGUCGUCGACCGCCUCCUCCGGCACGGCUACACCGUCCGCCUCGCGCUGGAGACGCAAGAGGACAUGGACAAGCUGCGGGAGAUGGAGAUGUUCGGUGAGGACGGCAGGGACGGGGUGUGGACGGUGAUGGCCAACGUGAUGGACCCCGAGAGCCUGCACCGCGCCUUCGACGGAUGCGCCGGCGUGUUCCACGCCUCCGCCUUCGUGGACCCCGGGGGCGUGUCCGGCUACACGAAACACAUGGCAACGUUAGAAGCCCAAGCAGCGGAGCGGGUGAUUGAAGCCUGCGUGAGGACGGAGUCCGUCAGGAAAUGUGUCUUCACCUCUUCCUUGCUGGCAUGUGUGUGGAGGCAGAACUACCCUCAUGACCGGCGGUACCCUACCAUCAUCGAUGAGAGCUGCUGGAGCGACGAGAGCUUUUGCCGCGACAAUAAGCUGUGGUUUGCACUUGGCAAAACGGCAGCAGAGAAGGCUGCCUGGAGGGCAGCGCGGGGACGAGACCUGAAGCUGGUCACCAUCUGCCCCGCGCUCGUCACCGGCCCGGGAUUCCGCCGCCGCAACUCCACCGCGUCCAUCGCGUAUCUCAAAGGGGCUCGUGCUAUGCUCGCUGACGGCCUGCUCGCCACGGCGAACGUGGAGACGGUGGCCGAGGCGCACGUCCUCGCGUACGAGGCGAUGGGCGACAAUACCGCCGGCGGGAGGUACAUCUGCUACGACCACGUGGUCAAGCGGCCGGAGGAGUUCGCCGAGCUGGAGCGACAGCUGGGGCUGCCGGGCGGGGCCGCGGCCGCGCAGGGCUCCGACGACGACCGGCCGGCCAGGUUCGAGCUCUGCAAGCGGAAGCUGUCCAGGCUCAUGUCCUCCAGGAGGAGGUGCACGUACGACACCUACUACUCCGUCGCGUUUGACUAG